AUGUGCAGUACUUCACAGAAGAAGAGGCCAGAAUUGCAAAAGAAGAAAGUGACCCGAUAUACAAGGCGACCUUUGCAGAGCCAAGAAGACUCCCAUGCAUUGCACAAGGAAACACCACCACAGUUCCACGAAAAAUGCAAGAGAAUGAUAGAAGCAGAAAUAUACAGCUUGCACGACGUAACUUGCAAAAAACAAGCAAAAUGGUCUCAAGAACAAACCGAUGAAGCCCCUCUAGACAAACUACAACCUUUAAAAGAAACCAUAUUGGAGCUGAAAGAAAAAAUAGCCAGGCUGGAGAGCCAAAAACAAAACAGAGAAGAAAAUCCUGUUACCAGCAACUCAGUACAAAAUGCCAGAGACAAGUACAGGUACGAUACAACUACUACGCGAUUAGGAACUAAACAGACAGACCAAGAAACAAACACCGUAGAAACUAAUGAACCGACAGACAACAACACCGACACUUCCAAAAAUUCUACUGACUCAAACGCCACUGACAGCACUGACAGUUCUGAGAACUAUGAUGACACCGCCUCUACGGACAACAGUGGCGAUCCAGACAAUAACGACAUUAACAAUGAUGACAGAAUUGCUACAAACGAGAACACUGACAGCAAUGACAAUAACAACGUUCAAAGACCUGCCAACAAUGACGAUAUCGAAGCUUACACUAUUAAUGAACCAAACAUAGCACUACGUCAUACAUACAACCCGCAAGACAAUGCACAGCUACUCAAAAUAAAUUUGACAGACGCUUACACAGUGACAGCCACAUAUAUAGGUACGACAAUAGACGCAGAAGCAUUAUUUAGACAACAUGGGCCCUGCAACAACGAACACCACGCAACGAAAGACAAGGACAUCAAAGCCAUAAUAAUUAGAUACCAAAUGAAAAAUGGUGCGCUUAAAGUAAUCAACAAAUACAAAGAAUACAUACAACAAACAAACGAUGACGUACAAAGACCAACUACAGAACAACAAACCAAUCAGGAGAAAAGAAUAGAAUACAUACAAACACCAGAUACUAUAUGUGUACGAGUACCCGGACAUACGACAAGACAAAAUUUAACAGAUACAUUCCAACAAUUAGGAAACAUCAUAGAUGUAAGACACUUAGAGCCUAAAGACGGACAAAAUGGACGAUACACUGCGUUCAUCCAAUUUGAAAACCAGGACAGCGCAGAGAGGCUGUGA